CAUGGACAUUUAAAUCUAAAGUGUUUUAGAAAAUUAAGACAAUUUGAAACUUCAGGUUUUCAUCCAAUUUUCCUCGUUUUUUUAUUUUGUUUUGUUUUGUUUUUCUUAGAUUUUGGGAAAUAUCCUGUAAGAUAUUCAAAUUUGUGAAUAAAGUGAAAUAAUGCUUUGGAUACACAUCAACAGAAUAAGGAAGAUACAUAUAAUUUGAAUAAAAGUAUAAUAUUAAACAUAAAAAAUAAAAAUAAGGAAAGAGCUCAAUUAAGGAUAAUGUAGCCAACUGGAAAAAAGUAAAAAAAACAUAAGUGACUUUGAAAAAAAAAUCUUUUGAACAAACCAAACAGACAUAAAAUCGAAUAAGGAUAAUAUAACAACAGAAUAAAAGUUUUUCAAAAACUGGAAAACCUAAUAUAUGCAUGAAACUAAUCAAGGUCAAAGUGACCUGCAAAAACCAGUGAAAAUGGAUGAGGCUGCAAGAGAGGUGUUAAAGAAGUGUAAAGCUGAGAUAAAGAAGAAUCUAAAUCUUGAUGAUGAUAUCUUGGAUACAUUGGAGGCAGAUGAUACUCUUAGUAAUGACCAUGUACAGAAAGUCAAGGCUGAGAAGACAAACUCUGAAAAGAUCUCAGUAUUAUUAUUUGUACUACAAAAGAAGGGACCAAAUGCAUUUACAGCUUUUAUAAAUGCUAUCAGUCCAGCUUACAAAUUCCUGGCAGACAGGCUUAUGGAGAGAUACAAUGAAGAAGUCAAGAGAAUAGAUAGAGACUCUGGUAACAGCUCUGAAGGAUCUUUGGAACAUAGUGAAAAUACUAAAACAGAAGUUACUGAUCCUAAGGAGCCAAUUUCUCCAACAAUUCAAACGAAAACCUCAUUGCCACAUGUAGGUCAUCACAACUCCCAACAUUAUCAGAGGAGCACAGUCAAUGAUCCGCUAAACAGUAAUUUACCUCAUGAGCACCAUUCUCCCAGACGUCAAUCAAACCACUCUUCCGACUUUGCUAUCUAUCCAACCAACCACUUCCUACAUGGUAACCAUGCUUCAAGGAGAUCUAGUCAUUCUAUAGACUUUGCAACACAUCAGAGUUUGAAUGGCAUGUACACCAAGCUGAAGAUGCAUUUGUUCCAUAUGAACGAGAGAGAGCAAUCUUUCAGUAGUCCUGAACCAGUCACGUUUGAAAAGGUGGAGGAAUUGUUGGACAAGCUCCUCAAACUUGAACAAAACUGUACCAAGGCAAUUGGCGCAACCAACAAAGAUUCAUUACUCACAAACAUUAUAAACUUGAAACUCUUGAAAGCUGAUCUUCAGCAAAAUUUAAACAAAAAAGAAGAACAAGUACAAAAGUAUGCCAGUAAGAUUCUUAAACUGGAAACAAAGUGUAAAAACAAUGAAAUGACACUGAACCAGCAACAAAAAACCAUUGAAACUCUCAAACUUGAGAAUGAAAGACUGAAUGAGGAAAAUAAAAAACUCAAGGACGAUCUGUAUCAACAAGAGCAAACAAAACAAACUGAGAGUGAAAAUCACACCAGAGACAGAAAGUUUAAAAUAAUCACCAGACAGAAUGAAGAACUAAGAAGUCAAGUAGCAUGGUAUGAAAAAGAACAUGAUAUCAUGAGUCAAAAGUUAAGUGUUUUAAGUCAUCAAAUACAUAAUCAGUCUAGCUUAAUAUCAAAAGAUGUCACAGGAAUUGCUGCUGAAAGUGUGAAGAAAAAGGAAACAGUAGCAAAGAGCAAAGUGGUUUCAGGAAUAAAUGAGCAGUCAUUGUAUAAAUCAACCUCAUCAAACUUACAAGAGUGCAAGGACUGGUGUGCUGGUUCUAAUUCCAGGAGUAACUUACAGCAAAUGAAAAAUAAAAUCCUUUUUGCUGAAUCGAAAAGAAAUGAAAGCAAAAGUCCUCAUAAAGAUCCCUCUCACCAUGACAGGGAUACUACAGCUGUACCAGAACAACCUGAUCAAAAUCAUAAUAUACUUAACAAUCAAAGACAUCAACCAGCAAACUCUUUCGAAGCAAUGGCAAAAUUAUCGUCAAUUAAACAAAGUGUAUCACAAACAACUUUAAUGAAACAAAAGUCCCUUAUUCAGGCAAAAAAACCAUUAAUUCACAAAGGUUUAAAGAAAAACCCAAGAUGGGUUAGGAAGCCGUUGAGAUAAUAAAGCAUGUGAACAUGAUUAUGAAUAUUAUAGAGUUGAGAACAGUGCUUUAUUUUAUAUUUGAGUGAUGCUAUGUCCAUCCUUUUCAAUAAUGUUUGAUACCCCUAAAUAAUUGACAUUUAUCAUUCGUACUACAAAUAAAUUAAUACAUGUUUUUAGAAACUGCAGUUCUGGAAUAACAUGAAAUAUUGAGAACUAACUUUUUUUUCUAUUUAAGGAACAAUUUAUCAUACUUCUACUACAAAGAAUGUAUCAACGAAAAAGAAGACUAGUCUUUGUAUAAAUUGUAGAAAAAACUAUCAGAAAAAUGUUUCAAAUUGAUGGCUUGAGCAUUAAAAUCAAUAGUGACCAUCAAAAACUGUGACUACUUAUUAUUAGCAUUUAAAACACACUGAUGCUAUUUGCAUAUAUACUAGUAUAAGAAUAUACUUUUUACAUAUAAAUAAAACAUUAUUUUUUCUGAAGAAUAAAUAAAAACGAUAAUAGGAAUACGGGACUGUUAUUAUUGUAUUUCAGUAUAUUGUUUGUGUGGCUAAACUAUAUAAGGAAAACAUGUCUUUUGCACACACAAAAAAAUAUUAAAAUAUGUUUUGUGCUGAUUAUUAUCCUUUAUCAUGCUUUUGUUCAAUAAAUAUGCCAUGACAAUCCAUUGAUAGAUUGAGGAACUUUGAGAAGAAACAAAG